CCCAAACAAAAGUUGUCACUCUGAAAAACCACAGUCUCCUGACUAAAACGCGUUGAUAUUUGAUUCUCUAAAAAUAUCAACAUAUCAAUCAAUCACUCGUGCGUUUGGAAAGCUUCAUGUUCAAGUUGUAACGUGUAUUUUUUCUUGUCAGUGUUUUCGUGGUUUGAAUACAGCAGUUCAUUUCACAGAGUAUAUCAGAGGUGGAGGAUCGCUGUGCCAUUCCUUGAUUCGUCGACGCCAUGAAGUUCCGCUUUUGUGGCGAUUCUGAAAUACCAGAUUGGUUGCUCACCCAAAUGGCUACUCUUUCUCGUUUGAGUUCAGUGAAGGCGAAGUUGCUUACCCAGCACGUCGCUCGACAUUUGUCCGGACAAGAGAUAGACCUGGAGAAGAGUAAUUCUUUACUGGCCGACUCUAAGCUACCUGAAAGCGAUGUUAAAUCGCUGCUCGGCUCCAUCCAGUUUGUCUUGACAUCUGCGUCACGUUUCUCUACUGGAGAGGACCACCUGCGAGCUGAAUUACAACAAGUUGGACUUCCUCGUGAACAUGCCGCCGCCCUAGCCAAAGUCUAUCAUGACAAUACUGAUUCAAUUCGGAAGAAUUUGAUUCAAGACAGCCUAAUGAUGAACAAGUUGCAGGACAUCACUUGGCGGAUAGUCGACGGAACCCACUUAAUCGAGUUGACAUUAUACAUCAAAGAAGGGCUGGCAUCGGAAAUCCGUACCGUUUCAAUGAUGGCAGAUCCAGCGAAAUUGCAAACUUUACUUUACGGUCAGUUUGUUUCUACGAAUUUAAUGAAUUUGAAUGUUACAACACAUUCGUUUUUAUCAGCAGAUAUGGAGAGAGUUCGAAAUUUAAUUGCCAAACACGGGUUGGCUGAUGGGAAAACUGAAGACAUUUAAAAAGAAUACGCAAUGUUAUCCAAUAUGCGGCUGAGAGUCUCGGGAGGGCAGCCAUUUGUCUC